AUGCAGGGGCCGCGAGACGACCCGGAGCCCAAGAUCGUGAACGUGUUCGAGGUGCUGAAGGAGGCGGCGGCGGGCGCCGCCUUCUGGAACGAUUCGUCCGUCGCCGCGUGCGCCGGGGACAUCCGCCGAGUGAUGGACGGAGCUCUGGCGCGCGAGCGCUGGGCUCUCAUGAUGGUGGACGCGACGGCGAAGCUCCCGGAGCCGCUGCUGGGCGGCCUCACCCUGCACCUGGGCGACUACGACCAGUGCCUGCGCGCCCGCUCCCAGGCGUUCGCGGGCCGCUACUGCCUGGCGGCCGCCAUGGGCCAGCGCAUCGCCACGUGCGUGCCUUCCACGUGCACGUGGCGCUCGCUGGACGCGCUGCUGGCCAACGGCAGCGCCGGCGUGGUGCGCGUGCCCGCCCACACGUGCCAGGCCGCCGCCGACCCCUUCGCCUUCCACCCAGCCCUCGUCGCCUUCGGUGGCUGUUGCAUAGUGUGCUUGGAAGUGGGCGUGUGCCUGUGCAGGGUGGUAGUGCUGCUGGCCGUGCUGAACGCCCUGGGCUGGUUCCUGCUGACGUACGAGGGCGUGCGGCGGAGGCUGCCCGUGGGUUGGCAGCCCUCGCCCGAGACGGCCAACGCCAUGUCGCCCGUCACCGCCUGGAGGAAGAUCAGCGGGGCGCCGGACCCCCGCCCCCGCCCCCACCACUGCUCUCCAGUGGCAGGGGGCGCUGGGGCAGCUGAGGCUGGGAGCGCGGGUGGUUUUCGUAGCGCGGCAGGAGCUGGGGACUCGGGCGAGACACAGGCCACGGUGGAGUGCGUGGGAGCGAAGGAUCCCAGCGACUGGAGCUGGGCGCUGCCGCGCAUGUCGGCGGCCAACGGCUUGCGCACGCUGUCCAUGGUGUGGGUGGUGAUGGGCCAUCGGGACGCGCUGAUAGCGCAGCUGCCCGUGCUGGACAAGCGCGAGCUGCCGAAUCGCCUCAAGCAGUGGGUGCACGUGUACCUGCCGGCCGGGCUGUUCGCCGUCGACACCUUCCUCUGCCUGGCCGGGUGCGUGCUGGCCUACUCUUUCGCCUGCACCCGCCGCCGCCAGCCGCGCUCGCUCCGCCAGCUGCGCUCCUGGCUGCCCACCUUCUACCUGCACAGAUACAUCCGCUCCUCAGAGAACCUCGUGCUCCUCCUCUGUCGGGAAGUUUCCUUGGGACAAGGCCCUCGCAGCGCACACCAGUCGUUUAACACCGCACCGCACCGGUGGCUGGCGGCUGUCGACGAAAUGGGCGAGGACGAUAUCGCCUCUAAUAUUAUGUUUCGGGCUUUUCAAACCCAAGGAAGGUUGCCUUCUCCACUGCUAAAGAGCCCCUCCUACCCCAAGGGCGAAGGAGAAAUAAAGGAGGAUAGCAGAGAGGAGUAG